UCGACUGGUCGGAGUUUGAUCCCAUCUCUUCUGAAAUCCAAACCAAAAUUCCUUCCUUUUCUUUCUCCCUUCCGUCCGAAUCAAAGUGGCGAGGCCUCUCCCUCUCAGGCCUCCCCUCCCCAGCUGCGCCGGGAAGGAAGGCCCAUGGCGAUCCUCCCCCUGCCCGCGGUCGCCGCCUUCCUGCUGCUGCUCCUCCUCGCCGGGCGCGCGGCGGCCGACGACGCCUCCAGCGACGACCGCGGCCACGACGCCUCCCCCGGCUGCAACAACAAGUUCCAGCUGGUUAAGGUGAAGAACUGGGUGAAUGGAACCCAGGGCACGACCGUUGUCGGACUGAGCGCGAGGUUCGGGUCCCCCUUGCCUAGAACUGUCGACGGGGCUCAGAGAACAUUUGCUGCCCUCACCAAUCCUCCAGACUUGUGCUCCAAUUCGACCUCAAAGUUGACCAAUUCUAUUGCUUUAGUGGCACGUGGAGGGUGUCCUUUCACCGCCAAGGCCGAAUUUGCGCAGGCUGCUGGUGCAGCCGGUUUGGUUAUUAUAAAUGACGAUGAAGAGCUUUACAAGAUGGUUUGUGGUGACAAUGAUACUUCACUUAAUGUGACAAUCCCCGUCGUAAUGGUGCCACACUCAGCAGGCAAUAAUCUGAAGGACUUACUGGACCAUGGAGCAAAGGUUGAGGUGCAGUUAUAUUCGCCAAAUCGACCAGUUGUGGACCUUUCCGCAUGCUUCUUGUGGUUAAUGGCUGUAGGAACUAUAGUCUGCGCCUCACUCUGGAGUGAAUUCGUUGCAUGCGAACAGAUUGAUGAGCAUUAUAAUCAGCUGACACGGCAGCCGGGACCUAAUUCUGGAACAAACAACACACAAGAUAAAGAAAUCCUUGAAAUCACAGCGAAGGGAGCUGGUGUUUUUGUCAUAGUAGCUUCAGUUUUCCUUCUCCUCCUCUUCUACUUCAUGUCGUCUUGGGUCGCCUGGCUACUGAUUGUAUUGUUCUGCAUUGGUGGUAUUGAGGGUAUGCAUGUUUGCUUGGUGACAAUUAUCUCUAGGAUUAAUAAGGAUUGGGGAAAUAAUACUGUACAAUUGCCCUUCUACGGGGAGGUCUUGGCCUUGUCUGUUGGAAUAGUACCAUUCUGUACGGUCUUUGCCAUUCUAUGGGUUGUUUAUCGGCAUUCUUCGUUUGCUUGGAUAGGCCAAGACAUCCUUGGUAUCUGCCUGAUGAUAACUGUGCUUCAGAUGGCGCGCUUACCUAAUAUCAGGGUAUUGGCAUGUCUAUUUGCAGUAGUCCUAACAGUUUUACGACUCCUGCAUGUAUCAGAAGUAUCUAAGGCUGUAUCUUUGCAGGUUGCAUCAGCUCUUCUUAGUGCUGCAUUUGUGUAUGACAUCUUCUGGGUCUUCAUUUCGCCUCUUAUAUUCCAUGAGAGUGUUAUGAUUGCAGUUGCUAGUGGUGACAGCUCAGGGGAAGCAAUUCCGAUGCUCCUAAGAAUACCUCGUUUCUUUGAUCCAUGGGGUGGCUAUGACAUGAUAGGCUUUGGUGAUAUUAUUUUCCCUGGAUUGCUCGUUGCAUUCAGCUACAGAUUUGACAGGGCAGGCAAAAAGGGUAUCUUGAAUGGAUAUUUUCUAUGGCUGACCGUGGGAUAUGCUGUCGGCCUUUUCCUUACCUAUCUUGCGCUUUUCCUGAUGGAUGGACAUGGUCAGCCGGCGCUGCUGUACCUAGUUCCUUGCACGUUAGGGGUUAUUGUGGUGCUUGGUUGGAUAAGAGGCGAGCUGCCUCACUUGUGGAACUACGGAAGAAGACCAGAAAAUUCAGUCGGCGAAGAAGUCUGAAAUGUAACCUGACAGGAUUAUUUGUACUUGGAAACCGUUGACAUCCUUCGAUCUAAUCAGUUAAUGGAUCUCAACAUGAUGUUCCAUAUCCGUGAGAACUGUGCGGCUUCGAGGAAAUGUAAACUUAGCUGUAGCCAGAUUUGUGUUUGGUAUAGGUUGUACUUCGUCGACCUUGAAACGUGUGAGUUGAGGUUCGAUGUGGGAGUUAACUUUGUAUCAACAACAGAGAUUACAUAUUAUUUUAUAUAAGGCUGAGCUAAUGGUAUUCUAUUCUUAACAAAA